AUAAUAAGGCAUGUAUACAAAAUAAGUUUGAAGCAAAGCACGGUACGUAUGGAAGUGGUUUGCUUUGUUGUGUCAGAAACUGAUUUUUUUCAGACAAUAGUUUAACUUUAGCAUCACUCAGGUUUUUAUUCUCUGACUUUUUGGCAUUAUUUCCCAGUUGUUAUUGUUGUUAGUCGACGGCAUGUCACGUAGAGGGCAGUGCUUCUGCAGUCUGAGAAUAACAUGAAACUGAACUUUCUUUAGAUGAGAAGCGCGGUUCUGACCCAGUUAGCGGGAGUCAGACGGCCGGAGGCGUUCACCUGAACACCGGCUCUGACCCUGGCCAGCAGCCGCGCGACUCUCCGGGCUCCUCGGCGGAAUAAAUCCAGUUUGUGCCGCUUCGCUGCUUUCCCUGGGUUUAAAAGUCUCGUGUCAGGUUCGGAUCGGUCAGAGCUGAGCACCGAGCCGGAGCAGAACCUGCAGGUGUUGGAGCGAGACACGACAGGAGAACAGAGAACCGAGUAAACAACGAGCUGACAGUCAUGUGUCGCUAGUCUGUUUAUCCGACGGUGCGACCUUUGGGGCCUUUAUCCGGAGCCUGGAGGGGCCCCGUGUUUAACUUCAGGAGCCAGCCGCAGAAAUGGAGCAGGCAGCCAUGGGCCACAAGGAGGAGGAAAGCUGUGUUUACCCGAACCUGAGUCCCUUUACCAGUGACAUCAAAGCCAAGAUGGAGCAGUUUGUAGAGGAACGGACGGAGGCCAGUUUGUGGAUUUUUGUGCUGGUUGGAGCUGUGACCACUGUCUCUGUCCUUGGAGUUGUUUUGCUGCUUCUGUACAGAAGAUAUAAAAAAUCAAAGGAAGAGGCCGGUGUUCCUCACUACCGCUUCAGAAAGAGGGACAAGGUGAUGUUCUACGGCAGAAAGAUCAUGAGAAAGGUUCAGACAUUGUCCACAACUCCUGCAUCUAACUCAAAUUCAGCCUCACGGCAGAGAGGAAGGAAGAGGACUAAAGUUCUGUCCAUAGCUCGAAAGAUUCUGCGCAUCCGGAGGGAACCACCCACUCUGCAGCCCAAAGAGCCCCCUCCCUGUCUGCUGGAAGCUGACCUCACAGAGUUCGAUGUGCAGAACUCCCACCUGCCCUCGGAGGUGCUGUACAUGCUGAAGAACGUGAGGGUGCUCGGCCACUUUGAGAAGCCUCUCUUUUUGGAGCUCUGUCGCCACAUGGUGCUGAUCCAGCUGCACCAGGGAGAGGGACUCUUCCGACCCGGAGACACUGAUGACAGCAUCUAUGUUGUUCAAGAUGGCCGCCUGGAGCUUUGCAUCCAUGAGAGUGAUGGUACAGAUGCUGUUGUGAAGGACGUCCUACCAGGAGACAGCGUCCACAGCCUGCUCAGCAUCCUGGACAUUAUCACCGGCUACCCAGCGCCGUAUAAAACGGUGUCUGCGAGGGCUGCAGUUCCUUCCACCAUCCUGCGUCUUCCGGCAGUGGCCUUUCAGUUAGUCUUUGAAAAGUACCCAGAGACUUUGGUCCGUGUCAUUCAGAUCAUCAUGGUGCGUCUCCAGAGAGUGACCUUCCUUGCCUUACACAACUACCUCGGCCUUACUACUGAGCUUUUCAACCCGGAAAGUCAAGCUAUAUCUCUGGUGUCCGUGGCAAAUGCUCUGGGUGAGGCUCAUCAACACAAAGGGUUUCGCAGACAGCCAUCCCACUCUGAAGACGCAGGCCCUGAAAAAGCUGAUGGAGAAAAGUUCAGCCCCUCGGACAUGUCUACAGCAAAACACAAGAAGUCUCAGUGCUCUGGUCCAGGCGAAGUACCUGCGGAGGUCAACAGAGUGCUGGAUCAGGCUCAGUCUGCCAAAGAAGAGGCGGCGGCCCAAGGCUCUGUAAAGUCUAUCCUGAAGAAGAGCGUGACCAUGCAGCACACUCCGUCUGCUGUUUAUCACUACUCUGAGCCUGGAGGAGGAACCAUCUACCACAACAAAGUCAAUGCCAUCUUCCAGGCAGCUAAGAAGGACCUGCUGCAGGUCAUCCAGCUACAGGACCCCAGUCUGCUGGAAGGAAGGGUGACACUCCGCCAGGUCAAAGCUGGAACCGUUGUAGCCCACCAAGGAGACCAGGACGUGAGCGUCGCGUUCGUCAUCUCUGGGCUGCUCCACGUCUACCAGCGCAUGAUAGACCGUGAGGAGGAGAGCCUGCUGUUCGUCACCCACCCGGGGGAGAUGGUGGGUCACCUGGCUGUCCUCACGGGGGAGCCCCUCAUCUUCACUGUGCGAGCCCACCGAGACUGCACCCUCCUCUCCGUGUCCAAGGCCCACUUCUAUGAGAUAAUGCGUGCGGAGCCAAGGGUGGUGCUGAACGUAGCUCACACCGUGGUGAAGAGGAUGUCGUCGUUCGUCAGGCAGAUUGACUUCGCCCUGGACUGGGUGGCUGUGGAGGCCGGCCGUGCCGUCUACAGACAAGGAGACAAGUCGGACAGCACCUUCAUCGUCCUCAGUGGUCGUUUGCGCUCCGUCAUCGCAAAGGAUAACGGCAAGAAGGAGCUGGCGGGGGAGUACGGCCGCGGGGACCUGAUAGGCGAGGUGGAGGCCCUGACACACAUGAACCGAGCCACUACGGUCCACGCCGUGCGGGACUCUGAGCUGGCCAAGCUGCCCGAAGGAGCUCUGAACUCCAUCAAGAGGAGGUAUCCUCAGGUGGUCACCAGGCUGAUCCACGUGCUGGGACAGAAGAUCCUGGGCAACAUGCAGCAGGUCAACGGGCCUCUGUCUGGCCGCGGUCUGGCCCUUCACACCCCCACCAGCAAGUGGGAUGCUGGGAAUCCGGCCUCGAACUUGUCUACUGUAGCCAUCCUGCCUGUGUCGGACGAGGUUCCACUCACCACCUUCACUCUGGAGCUCCAGCAUGCUCUCGGUGGCAUCGGCCCUACCUUACUGCUGACCAGUGACAUCAUCAAACAGAGACUGGGCUCUGCUGCCCUGGACAGUGUCCACGAGUACCGUCUGUCCAGCUGGCUCGGCCAGCAGGAAGACAUACACCGUAUAGUCCUCUACCAGUCUGACGGCAGCCUCACACCCUGGACCCAGCGCUGCAUCCGCCAGGCCGACUGCAUCAUCAUCGUGGGACUGGGUGAGCAGGAGCCCACUGUGGGUGAGCUGGAGCGAAUGCUGGAGAGCAGUUCCGUGCGGGCUCAGAAGCAGCUGGUGUUGUUGCACAGGGAGGACGGCCCAGCGCCCAGCGGGACGGUGGAGUGGCUCAACAUGCGCAGCUGGAUCUCCAGACACCAUCACCUGUCCUGUCCCCGCAGAGUGUUCUCCAAGAGGAGCUUACCCAAGCUGAGAGAGCUGUACCAGCGCGUGUUUGAAAAAUAUCCCGAUCGUCACUCGGACUUCUCUCGCCUGGCCAGGAUCCUGACAGGAAACAGCAUCGCCUUGGUUCUGGGUGGAGGGGGCGCCAGAGGCUGCUCUCAGAUCGGCAUUCUGCGGGCGCUGAACGAAGCGGGCAUCCCUGUAGACGUGGUGGGCGGUACCUCUAUUGGCUCCUUCAUUGGGGCGCUGUAUGCUGAGGAGAAGAGCAGCAGCCGGAUGAGGGUCCGGGCUCGGGAGUGGGCUAUGGGUAUGACGUCCUACUUUAAGAAGAUCCUGGAUCUGACCUACCCCGUCACCUCCAUGUUUUCUGGAGCCUCCUUUAACUACAGCAUAAGCUCUGUCUUCAAGGACAAACAGAUAGAGGACCUGUGGUUACCAUACUUCACCAUAACAACCGAUAUCACCGCUUCUUCUAUGAGAGUUCACACUGACGGUUCGCUGUGGCGUUAUGUCCGUGCCAGCAUGUCACUGUCUGGUUACCUGCCGCCUCUCUGUGACCCCAAAGAUGGACACUUACUCAUGGAUGGAGGCUACAUAAACAACCUUCCUGCUGACGUGGCUCGCUCCAUGGGGGCCAAGGUCGUCAUCGCCAUUGACGUUGGUAGCCGGAAUGAAACCAGCCUGACCAACUACGGCGACAGUCUGAGCGGCUGGUGGCUGCUGUGGAAGAGGUUGAACCCGCUAGCAGAAAAAGUCAAGGUCCUGAACAUGGCCGAGAUCCAGACGCGCCUGGCCUACGUCUGCUGCGUAAGGCAGCUGGAGGUGGUGAAAACCAGCGACUACUGCGAGUACAUCCGGCCGCCCAUCGACCGUUACGGCACGCUGGACUUUGGAAAAUUUGAUGAGAUUGCGGAGGUGGGAUACCAGCACGGAAAGACCCUGUUUGACGUGUGGCACCGCAGCGGAGUGGUGGACAGCAUGCUGAAAGACAGACAUCAGGAGGAGUUUCAUAAAACCAAAACUGGACAUGUGGUCACAUGUCCGAACGCCUCCUUCACCGACCUGGCAGAGAUAGUGUCCAGAAUUGAACCAGUGAAGAACGCACUGAUAGAGGAGGAGCUGUCUGAUGAGUACCAGACAGACUAUGAUGAGGAGGCAGUGGAAAGCGCUUUGUCUGACUUUGAGGCGUUCACUCCUGGCAGUGAACACACAGAGGGAGAGGAGACUGCUGAAACUGAUGAAGAAAUCCCCAUCCAAGUGAAACACCGGCUAAGGAAUGCCUCUCAAAAUAAUCAUCUGUGACCUCGGUCACAGCUCACUCCAUCUCUCUGGCCUGCAGCUGACUGGGAGCCACAGGAAACACAUUUCUCCUCACUCCUGUCCAGGGGACAUUUAGGUGGUCUAAUAGUAGGCCUCAGCAGGACAGAGCUACUGGGAAGCAUAUGGCAGACCGGUUACUGAUUUAAUCCUGAGCUCCUCUGUGUGUCCAGGGCCAAAACACUGGAGCUCAUGCAGACACCGACAUGCUUAUCCAUGUUUGAUUGUAAAGAAAUCAGGGCUGCAUUUCUAAAGUCCAUCAUAUCUUAGUACUGUGUGUACAUCACACCAAGUGCUUUGUUGAACCUGUGGAGUUUUAUACCACUGUAUCACUUUGGCAGCAGUUAUUCAUAUGGUCGUUGCAUUUCGGUCUUACUUGUUACGUCAUAGAGUUUGUUUAAUGCGUUAUUGAUGCGAUGCUAACGCCACCCACUAUACUGUCUUUCAACAGAGUGUGGCUCUUUCCGAUAGCUGCCUACUGCAGCUAUGACCGCAACAAUUUAAGAGAAUUUGACACCACCCCCUUUAACCACAGAAUAUCAGGUCAAAUGAUUUUCUGAUUGGCAUACUCUGGGGAAAACAGCAACCGUGAGCCAGAAGUCCUCAGAUGGUAUUUGCUAUCAUCAGUCAAGCACGCUUGUUCGGAAGAAAUCCAGAAUAUCUUUAAGUGCAGCAUUUUACCUUGUUGAACAUCAAACUUCCUGUCUGCACUUUAUGUGAUAAGACAACACAAAGUAGAGCUUAAAAUGUGAUGUGGAAAGAAAGGAUACAUGAUUCUAGAUUAUUUUACAAAACAAAAACCUAACAUGUGGCAUAUUUCCAGCGCCCUGAAUCAAUACUUUGUAGAGCAGCAGUCUUUCCAUCCCAGAUGCAGCUCUGACGGUGAACCUCCACCACGGUCUGCCCCCGCCUCUAACCUAACAGAGUUUCUCCCAGGAUCUCCCGGUAGUUUGCUCCGUCCAAACCCCUGCUGAAGAGAAGCAUCCCCGCAGGAAAACUCUGCCACACCACGUUUCACAAUGUGGAUGUCUGGGCAGGGCGAAAGGCAGUUUUCUUUUACCAACACAUAAACGGUUUUCCACGGAGGCCAUACGCUCAGUUCUGCUCUCAUCUGAGCGGGGCGCCUUCUUCCACGUAUUUCUACUACACAGGUUCUGACUCUUGUCGGGUGAAGUUUCCCUCCAUUGGUAAAUCAUGUGUUCGCUACAGAGAGUCAUGGAGUACAACCAACAGCUAGGAUCCAGCCACUUAGUUUAUUUUAGUUGUCUUAUAUCGCUCUUUGAAACAGAGUUUAAAGCGUUUUAUUGUAAGUUCUGAAAAGUCUGACUCUGCCAGUGCUAACUGCCAGCAAGAACUUAGGUAAGAUGCUAAGGCUAAUCCUAAAUUUGUGAGCCAUGGAUGGACUUGCAGUUUAUUGCUUCAUUUAAUAUUAUGAUUACUUUCCUGUGUCUGCAUUUAUGUGUUCACGCAAAUGCAAUCAAUGUGUGUUUGCAUAUUGUAAUAUCCAUAAAGUAACGUAUUCAAUCAUUAGGAGGAUUUGGUAAAGCAACAAAAUGACUCGGCCUCUCGUUUCUGUUUAAUAUCUAUCAGCCAGGACAGAAUAACCAAGGUUGUAGGAAACAGAAAAUAUAAGCAGUGGCUUCUUUGCUGCUUUUCUGCAAACCCACAUUGGUACAGGGCUUAGGAUCUAACAGGCUCCCAGUUAACAGAGUCUCCCACCUGAGAAGUGCAUCUCUGCAGCUCCCCCUAAGCUACCAGAGGCCUCUUGGCUGCUUCUCUGAUGAAUGCUGUCUGAACCUGGCCUGUCAGUUCAGGUGAACGUCCAUGUCCUGCUAGGUCUGUAGUUGGUCCAUCCUCCACGUUCCAAUGACGGAUUGAACAGGGCUGGUUGAUGGUCAAAGCUUGGGGGAUUGUUUUAGAUCCUAAGCCUGCUGUAACCUGGACCAGGACCGUCUCCCUGCCCUGUCCGCUGCGAUCCAGGUGGACCUUAUCACAAAUGAGGGGGUUUGUGCAGGCAGUUGGUAGCAGUGGGACAUAUAAAGCAAAGAGGCUGAUUACUAAUGUGCGACACAUCUUAGAUUUUCAGUUGUAAAAAGGUUUACAAAUCUUGUAUCCUUUUCCUCAUGAUUAAAUUCUACAUAGUUUUUGUCUAUCUCAUAAAAGCCAAAGGACGGUUGUAACACGAGAAAACGUGGGAAUGUUUUAGCUGAAACUGCAUGCCAUUUACAGCUAGCCGUCUUUUUGAGGCAGCACUGGGAAUAGCUGGAUCCCAGAGCAACAGACUGCAUUUCUCAAAGUUUACAUGUAAGUUAGAGCAGGGGUUGUGUGUUUGAAGCAGUGACAGUAUUAACUUCCUUCUGUAAACAAGCUUAGGAGCUUCUUCCUCUCUGAUCUUUAUACGGUAGAUUUACUAAGAACUCUGUGAAUAGUGUAAAAAGCUUUUUCAUAUUUACAAACUCCAUCACACUACAUGUAGCAGCGAGCUUAAAUUAUUUGUCUAACCAAAGACUAAUCAAUGUAUACUCUUACCUUUCUGCAAAGUGAGACUUUUUCAGAGUUUUCUAACUGGCCCAGAAAGAGCGGUCCUGAUCCUGUUUGGCUGAAGUACUUCCUGAGGAAAGAAUGCAGAAGUUUGAUGUCUGUCACAGAUAAACCAGCCAAGCCUUCAAUAAUUUAUUAUCAACUUUACCAAUGCAGCCUUAACAUAUUUCACAUACUCUGGAUUUAUUUAUAACGUCACUAGUGCUAUUAAAGUUGUAUGACGGAUUGUGACAUAGCUGAAACUCUUUGUGUUUUUAGUGCUGAAGCUCUGCUGAUUCAGAGCACCUGCAGCAUGCUGCCAGAUUGUUGUGAAGGUGUGAGAAGCUGUGUAGCUAACACAGUGAUUAGCAGCUAAAGCAGCAUUUUGACCCUAUAACAGUGCCUGUUUUAUGACCUGAACACACAAACUGUUUUAGAAACAAGAUGUUGUAGCUUGAAUAAUUAUUUCUGUGCCAGUGUUGCCUAUUCUGUGUUUACUUAAAUGUUGUAAAAUUAUAUCCUUAACACCUGUAAAAAAAAAAAACUUAAACGUAAGCUAAAUCCUCACAUAUGAUGAUGUAAAAGGACACAAAGUGUUGGACUGUGUAUGUCAUGACAGCUGAAAUUAAAAACUGUUGCCUUGUUUGAGAUUAAACUCAUGGCAUGAAAUGGA